GGAGUGAUGCAUUGUGGGAGUCAACAACACAAACACGACAGUAUUUUGUUUACUGAGAACAUUGCCUUCUUCACUUAAUAUUAUACCGUUUUAUGUGUUGACACUUACAGGACAGCAGCCAUGGGGAGACGCAGUAUAAAUACCACCAAGAGUGGUAAAUACAUGAACCCAACUGACCAGGCCCGUAAGGAGGCUAGAAAGAGAGAGCUGAAGAAAAAUAAAAAGCAGCGGCAGAUGGUUCGAGCAGCAGUCCUGAAGGGGAAAGAUCCAUCACAAAUUAUUAUGGAAAUGGAAAAAAUUGACAGCAUGGAAUACAAUGUUGAGGUGCCACCAGCUCUCAGUGAAAAGGUACUAAAGGACAAGAGAAAGAAGCUCAGAGAGACUCUAGACCGAGUCCUUAAAUUGUAUGAGAGAGAGAAUCCAGAAUAUUGGGUUGAAAUUCGUCGUAUGGAAGGAGACUACGAGAAGAAAAGACAAGCACUAAUUGAGUAUUUUGAGUCGGUUCGACAUGCUCAGGCUGUUACAGUGGAUGAAAUUCCUCUACCAAAUCUUGAUAUGCCACCAGUGCCUGAUGCAUCAUUGCCAGAUCUACCACCACCUCCAGAGAUUGCUCCCUUGCCUGUGCCAAAUGCCCAUAUGGUUCCAUCUCAUAGUAUUCUUAAAAAAAUGUCAGCUUAUGUACCACCACCAGCUGAACCUAAAAAACCUCCAGGAUGUCCACCUACACUGCCUCCAGAACUUAGUGAUGAUGAAGAGGAUGAAGAACAGCCAAUGGAAACAGAACCAGUUGUUGCUGCUCCUGCUGUAGAAAAAGAGGAGAAGGAGGAAGAUGAAGAAAAGGAAGAAGAAGAUGAAACUGAAGAGAAGGAGAAAGACCAGCCUCGCAGUCGCACAAUUCGUUUUGAGGAAGGAGAAGAUUCAGAUGAAGAAAAGGACACAAGAGUUACAGUUACCAGUUCUAAAGGUCUUACCAGCUUACAGACCAAGUUGUUACAGAUGUCAGGUCAAGACAUAGAUGACUUCAUGAGAGAAACUGAAGUACUUUUCCGUGAAAAGGAGGCGGAGCGCAAGGCUGAUCUUAGGGCUCGAUUAGAUAAGCUGUAUGACGACGAACCUCCAAGACCCGCCCUAACCCAACCAUUGCUCAACAUGCCACCACCACAAGCUAGGGUGCCACCUGUUGCUCCUAUAGUCCUGCCUCCUGGUGCAUCUACUCCUUCACAGCAGCCAAUUCCUACUAGUCAGGGUGUACCCCAAGCUACUUUUCUGCCUUCUGCUCCUCCACCGGCAGCAGGCCCAGGAAGUGGUCCACCAGGUGUUCCACUUGUUACUUUACCUGUUGCUCCACCGGGCACCACAAUGUCUGUCCCACCAACCAGUGUUCCACUCAUUCCACCAGGUGUCACACCUACACCUGUACAGCCUACCACAAUUGUUGCUGCAGUUAAUCAUCCCACAUUACCUCUUGUAUCAAUCCCAGGGGUACCACCUGUUGUCCCUCCUGUUAUUCCACCUGUGAUUCCUCCAGGUGUACCUCCAACAGGUCCUCCAGGUGCUCCCCCUGGAGCUCCACCUCUUAUGUUCCGUCCACCUCCACCAAUGCGCACCAAUCUCCCACCUCCACCAGGAGUCCGUCCACCACCAGGGCCACCACCACAGGGUAUGCCUCCACGACUACCAAAUAUGCGCAUGCCACCACCAAUGCCUCCUCGUCUACCUAUGCGUCCGCCUGGUGUUCCACCAGGUAUGCCACCACCAGGUAUGCCUCCACGUGGUCUUCCUCCGGUUCACAACCCUAAUGUGUUGUCUGCGGGCCCUCAACUUAUUGCUCGACCCAGAGAAGACGACAAAAAACACUCCGCAACAAUUGAAGCCAAACCACAGAUAAGAAAUCUAAGUGCAGAUGUAACCCGCUUCUUGCCAACUGCUCUGAGAGUCAAGAGGGAGGACAGAAAGAAAUUGGGAAAAGCACAGACGGAUAUCAAAGAAAUGGGAGGAGGCAAGGCUGAAGAGACUGAUCGAAAACCUACCAAAGAUGACGCUUACUCACAGUUUAUGAGGGAAAUGGAGGGUUUAUUGUAAAGCUGUGCCUCAUAGUAUGCAGUUUAUCUCUAGUAAAUCUGUCACUUAAUCUGAUUUUUGUUCUCGGUACCCACCUGUGACAAGGUGAGUCAUGCAAUAAGUUCAUCAGCCAAAAUGCAAUUCACCCAUAUAGGUUUUAACAUGUAUUCUCCUAACAUGAAGCCUGAAGUAAAUAUUAAUUGACAUAUGUUGGUUAUGUGCUUCAGUAAGCACAUAUGAAAUAUUGAGUUGAUAAUCAUGUACAGUAAUAAAAUCAUUAUCUAUGAACAUAAGAUAGGUUAUUGGUGUCAGUAAUUGUUUAUAGUUUGGAGCUAUCAGUUAUCAAGUCCAACAAUUUUAAUUUCGGGGUGAUAUUGAGGCUUUUAAAGUAAACCCCAUGAUGGAUUAACCAUAGGUAGAAAAUUUAACUCAAGAAUACUGUAGUAGGUUAACAACAUAUGUGUAAUAUGGCAGUAAACAUGCUGUACUUCCAAAAUAAAAUUAUUGGACUUUUAAGUAGUUAAAAGA